AUGGUUAUUGCUGUAAUAAAAGCUGAAAUAUGUUAUGAUGAAGAUGACACUGAAGAGGAUAUAUCAACAAUGCAGUCGACAAUAAGACGGUCCAAUAUAGAGCAUCAUAACUUACCAACUAUACAACCGCAAAUUUUGAUCAGAGACACACCACUAAGAAAUUCAACAGUUUCAAUAGAAAUGCAACCAUCACAAAAUAAUAAUUCUAAUGUUAAAAGAACAACAACUUCAGAUUUGCCACCAGCAUAUGAUAGCGUGAUAGAAGAAAGUGGAAUAAUAAUUGUAAUGCAGCAACAGUCUCUAUUACCUCCAACCUACGAAACUUUUAUGGAACGAAACAAUGAAAGAUCGGGAGCUGAUUCAUAG